GGGAGAGGCUUCCUACGCUGUGCCUGGGAGAUGGAGGCCUUAGAGGAGGAGGCAUCAACGCUGGCGCUGUCUCAGCCCACAGAGCUGGAUGAAGAGGUCUCUCUGGUUACUCCGGGGAACCAGUCAGGAGACAUGGACUCCUAUGACUUAACCAUCCUUCAUUUCAACGAUGUGUAUGACGUGGACCCGAGUGCUGAAGAACCUGUAGGAGGCGCUGCUAGGUUUGCCACAGCUGUGAAAAAGUUCAGCCUCCUGAAUCCACUCUUGAUUUUCAGUGGUGACUGCUUAAAUCCUUCAGUCCUAAGUACAAUAACAAAAGGAAAGCACAUGAUUUCUAUAUUAAAUGAAUUGGGAGUACAUUUUGCAGUUUUUGGAAACCAUGAGUUUGAUUUUGGAGUUGACAUUUUGGAAGACUAUAUGAAACAAAUGCACUUCACAUGGUUUCUCAGUAAUGUCCAUGACAGAUUUACUUCUGAACCUCUUGGCCAUGGUACAGUCAAAAAGAUAGUUCAUUGGAACAAUCUGAAGAUUGGCUUAAUGGGACUCGUUGAAGAAGACUGGCUGGAUACUCUGGCUACCGUUAACAAGUCUAAUGUGAACUAUAAAGAUUAUGUAGAAGCUGCUAAUGAGCUAGCCAUGGAGCUGAGAGAAGAAGGAGCCGACCUCGUGAUUGCCAUGACACACAUGAAGUGGGGGAAUGACACCAGGCUUGCCCAGCGAGCAGAAGGGCUCGACUUGAUUCUGGGAGGCCACGACCAUGAAUACGGGAUCAGGAAAGUGAAUGAGACUUGGAUUGUCAAAAGUGGAUCUGACUUUAAAAAUCUGACCAAAAUAAACAUACGGCUGUUUGAUGCCUCUUUCCACUAUGUCUUUGAGAAAGUGGAUGUUGUGAGUUAUUUGGAAGAAGAUUCAUAUAUUAAAGCAAUAGUAAGAGAUUUUACUCAAAACAUACAGUAUAUGUUAAAAGAAGUUCUCUGCCCAAUUGAUAUGGAAUUAGAUGGCCGUGAAAUUACAGUAAGAAGAUGUGAGAGCAACCUUGGAAAUCUGGUGACGAAUGCAAUGUUAGAGGCCACACGUGCUGAUGUGGCACUUCUUAAUUCAGGCACUCUCAGAUCUGAUAGGAUACACCCACCAGGGAAUUUCACUCUGUAUGAUCUUUUGGCUGUACUUCCCAUAGUGGACCCAGUUUUGGUUAUUAGAGUAACGGGGUCACAGCUACUUGAAGCACUGGAAAAUGGGGUUUACAAGUACCCAGCUCUAGAUGGGAGAUUUCCUCAAGUUGCUGGGAUAGAAUUUGGAUUUGAUCCAGAUGCAGAACCAGGACACCGAGUUAUCAGAGACACUGUGAAAGUUCAAGGACAGUACUUGCGGAGAAAAAAGGUCUACCUUCUGGCCAUUAAGGAGUACAUUGCAAAUGGCAAGGAUGGCUACAGUAUGUUUAAAAGUUGCCCUCGAAUGUUUGACACAGAAACUGCACAGGUGCUGUCUACAGUCGUCAUGAAUCACUUUGAGUCAAUCAAAAUUUUGCAAGGAAGGAAGAAGUGUGUUUCAGGCCAUAGAAUGAGUUUGAUUAUGGCAACGAACAAAUCCCCAUCCCUGACAGCCUUUGAGGAAGAAUCCAAGGAACCAUCAGGAGUAAUUGCAGUGCCUGGCAUUGAAGGGAGAAUCUGUCAUAUUUCUCCAGACAUGAAAGAACAUUUGCAUCAACUUAGAGCUGCAAGAAAGCAAGGUCUAAGGACUUUCCCCACCAUUAGUGACAAUGCAUCGGAGAAUUCCGAUUCUGACGAAAUGGAAUAUCUUUAGUAUGUUUUGUUAGUGCACAAAUGAGUUGGACCGCUUUUAGCAGUGUUGAGUGUAGUUACAGAAUCUUGGUUAUUUGUAUUAUUCUAGAAUUGAUGUUAAUUAAUAUCUAAGGAUAUUCCUCUAAAUGUUCUUUUCAUUUAUUUUUUACCAAGUCAUGUAACUUUUGACUCCUCAAUGUGUUGUGCCAGAAACAUUAGCAAACAUUUGUAAUUUAAGUAUAGACAGUAUGCUGUUUAUUGUUAAAUGAAAUUCAUGCUCACCUAUUCAUAGUAUUUAUUUGUAUAUUAAUUUUCUCUUAAUAUUGCUUAUGUUUCUGUCCAAAUGAUAUAUAUAUAUAUAUAUAU